UUCCUCUUCUUUUUCUGUCUCUAUCGAAACGCCUUUCCACUCGUUUUUUCCCCUACCAUUUCUUUUCUCCCCCUUCAAUUACCUUAAAAACCCAAAAUCUUCCCUCACUAGUUUCCUCAAACAGCUCCUCCAAUAUUUCCUCUGCAGUUUCCACCAUUUUCUCUUGCUUCUUUUUUCCCUCUUCACUUAGCUUAAAACCCCAAACUCCUCACUUCCUUUCCAAUUUGUUUUCCCCUCCCUCCCUUCCUUCACUUCAACUUCUUUUCCCCCAUGACAGGAAAGAGAAUCCAAACAAGCCCCAUUGGGAGCCCAUCAUCCUCCACCAGAGACCAAGAAAGUUUCCUCCCCAUCGCCAACGUGAGCCGGAUCAUGAAAAGGUCUCUCCCCUCGAAUGCAAAAGUAUCAAAAGAAGCCAAGGAAACCGUCCAAGAAUGUGUCUCCGAGUUCAUAAGCUUCAUAACAGGCGAAGCAUCCGACAAGUGCCAGAGAGAAAAGAGGAAAACCAUCAAUGGGGAUGAUCUCUUGUGGGCCAUGACAACUCUAGGUUUUGAGAACUAUGUUGGUCCCUUGAAGGUUUAUCUCAACAAGUAUAGAGAGAUUGAGGGGGAGAAGAACACUAUGGCUAUAGUACAAGAAGACAAGUCAUUUCCAAAUACUAUUGCUAUGAAUGAGGUUAAUUACAACGGUACCGAAUCUAUGUCGAAUAGGCAAGAUUUUCAGAGUUUCCAUGAGUAUUAUGAGCUCGAGGCUGCAAGAAGAAAUAGAGAGGAUUUGGUGAGUGGUGGUUUUGAUAUGAGGAAGAUCCAUGAACUUGGAGAUCGAUGGAAGUGCUAAAAGGGUUGUGGCUACUCAUCUUCCUCAUGGGGUGGGGUGGUAGACUUUUGAAGAUUUAUAAGAUCACUAAUGACAAGUUUUCACUAUGUUGGUUUUUUGAAUUUUCUUUAGCAUUUAUUGUUAUAUAAACUUCUAUAAAUAUGAUUGUAAUUUCAAAUAUCUAAAUGGAUGAACUACUUUGGAGCA